AUGCGUCGCCUCGCUCUAACAACAACCACGGCGCUCUUGCUGUUGUUGGAGAGCACAAGCGCCUUCCUCCAAGCCAGCCAAAAUGCCACAAGUCUAACACUUUCUAACGACCGCCUCGUAGCUUCCGUGAGUAAAAGUCGGGGAUACAUCAGCGUUCUCACGCUCGAUGGCCAGAAUUUGCUAGGUUCAGAAUCUGGAGAUAAUACGGGUAUAGGUCCAUACCUGGAUUGCUACUGUACACCAGCCGGCUUCUGGACACCUGGACGAGGAAAAAACGUCCAAUACCAGCUCUUCAAUGGCACAGACUCCACAAGCACACCCUACGGUGGCAUCAGCAUGGGCGAGACGUAUGCGCUUACGGGACAAAGGUUGGAACAGUACUGGUUUCUACGGGAAGGAGAGACUGGACUACACACGUUUAGUCGGUUGGUUUACGACAAUAAGACAACCCCUUUUCUGCGUAAUCUACAGGAAUUUCGAACUUUGUUCAGACCGAAUCAUGAUCCACCGCUCUUCACGCACUUUGUUGCAAACGAGCAGUUUGCGGCGCCGAGGCCGGAUACAACGGGCCAAGUUGUCGUGCAAGACGCAACGUGGAAGCUGGCGAAUGAUCAGGAUGCGUAUGUAAAAGGGGUAGGGGAGUACUUUACAAAGUACACGUUCCAGGAUACUUGGCGUAACCACCGCGCUCACGGCAUGUGGGCUGAUGGCAGUGGGAGCAAGAACGGUACUACGUAUGGCGCCUGGCUCGUCCACAACACAGUCGAAACGUACUUUAACGGUCCCGUACAUUCGGAUCUCGUCGUCGAUGGUAUCGUGUACAACUACAUGGUCAGCAACCACCACGGCGACCAAACACCAAAUAUAACCGACGGGUUUGACCGUACCUUUGGGCCCCAAUACUUCCACUUCAACGCCGGUGGUUCACUGGAAGAACUCAGAGAUGAUGCCUCACAGUACGGUCUCCAGCCUGACUGGAACGCCGCCUUCUACGAUUCAAUCGCACACCACGUACCUAAUCUCGUUCCUACUUCGCAACGUGGCACUUUCAACGCAACCAUCCGCCUCCCCUCUGGCGCUGAAAACGCAAUCGCCAUCCUAACAGCCAGCGGCCACGACUUCCAAGACAACGUCUUCGACCCCACCGCCUACCAAUACUGGACCGAGAUCCCUCUUGUUACAAACACCACCUCUCAACACAUCACCAUCCCCCGUGUAAAGGCAGGAAGCUACCGCCUAACCAUCUAUGCCACUUCCAUCUUCGGCGACUACACCCACGACAACAUCACCAUCACGCCCGGCGCCACAACCUCCCUCUCCAACCUAACAUGGGCCCCCGACUCAGCGGGUAAAGAACUCUUCCGCAUCGGCACUCCAGAUAAAUCCUCGGGCGAAUACCUCCACGGCACCACAGCCUCACCCACACACCCGUUGCUAACAGAAGAAUACCGUCUAUACUGGGCGGCCUACGACUACAUCACUGAUUUCCCAAACGGUGUAACGUAUCGCGUAGGCCACGAUGAUGUUUCCACGGCGCUGAAUUACGUCCAUUGGGCUGUGUAUGGUGGGAAAGCGAAUUCAGAGCGGCCGGUGUCAGUGCCAGAGCACCAGUAUAAUUGGACGAUAUUGUUUGAGGUGAGUGAGGAGGAGGUGCGAGGGAAGGACACGGCGACUUUUACGGUGCAGCUGGCAGGGGCGAAGACGGCGGCGGGUAAUACGGAUGUUUUUAAUGCGACGGAGAGGUGGGCGGAUUUGCCGUUGGGCGUGGCGGUUAAUGGGGUGGAUUUAGUGCCGUGGGUUAUUCCGCACUAUCAAUCAUCCUCUUGUGCCGUGCGCUCGGCUGUGAUAUGUUACAAUCUGGCUCACAAAUUCACCUUUGACGCAUCUAUACUCAAAUCAGGGGAGGAAAACAGCAUCAUCCUUAGUCUGCCGUACAACGGGACAAACUAUGAAAGUGCGCUGCUGCCAGAGUCGGUGUAUGUGCAGUAUGAUGCGAUGAGAUUGGAGGUCGAGUAG